UGGUAAUGCCGUUCGGACUCACCAACGUACCGGCAACGUUCCAAGCCGAAAUGAACCACAUUCUACGACCACUUAUGGACGAGUGCUUGGUGGUGUACCUGGACGACAUACUCAUCUACUCGCACGACAUGAAGCAGCACGUCGAACACCUGCGACGCGUCUUCGAAAUUCUUCGACGAGAACGAUUCUACGUCAAACUGUCCAAGAGCGAAUUCGCCCUUGAGAAGGUCCAGUUCCUAGGACACAUGGUGAGCGCUCAAGGAGUUCACGUCGACCCCAAGAAAAUCGAAGCCGUACGCACGUGGAAGACACCCGAGAACGUGAAGGAGUUGCAGCAGUUCCUAGGCUUCGCCAAUUACUACAACAGGUUCGUGCCACAGUAUGCGAAAAUCGCAGCACCACUCACGAAUCUGCUGAAGAAGAACACGCCCUACAAAUGGGAGCCGAAGCACCAGGAAGCCGUGGAGCAGCUGAAGCAAGCACUUACGUCCGCACCGGUACUCAUUUUGCCAGAUCCCGAACGCGACUACGUCAUCGAAGCUGACGCCAGCGACCAGGCAGUGGGAGCAGUCUUAAUGCAAGAUCAAGGGAAUGGGCUGCAACCAAUCGCCUACCUGAGUAAGAAACUACACGGGGCAGAACUCAACUACCUGAUACACAACAAGGAGGCCCUGGCUAUCAUCAUCGCCUUCAAAGCGUGGAGAUGUUAUCUCGAAGGACGAAGAACAACCGUCUACACCGACCACUGCAGCCUGAAAUACUUGAAGACGCAACCCAACCUUUCCAGGAGGCAGGUCCGGUGGAUCGACUUCCUCGAGACACACUUCCACUACGACAUCGUGUACAAGCCCGGUCACAAGAACAAAGCAGACGCUCUCAGCCGGCUUGCACACGUUGCCGCUAUUCAAGUCGAAGGGAUGAAUCCACUACUCAAGGGAUUCUUCACACACGGGUACGCCACUGACCCCGAAAUCCCCUUGGCAGAAAAGCGACAUCUGCUACAGUGGGACAGUGACAUCGCGUACCGGAAAGGAUCAACAAAAAUCUGGGUACCCAAUUACCCUCCUUUGCGCCAGUUACUACUCGAAGAAUACCACGACGUCCUCUACGCCGGACACUUCGGUAGCAACAAAACGCUCACCGGUAUCGCCAAACACUACUACUGGCCCCACUUAGCAGAAGAUGUCCAGAAAUUCAUCACCUCGUGUCAUACAUGUCAGCGGAUGAAGAGUACCAAGCAGAAAAAGGCGGGACUACUGCAGCCUCUUCCUGUCCCAGAACAACCAUGGCAAGUGGUUAGCCUGGACUUCAUUACCGGGUUACCACCUACCUCCAGCGGUCAUGACGCCAUCCUUGUCGUCAUCGACAAAUUCUCCAAAAUGGGACACUUUAUCCCGACACACACGACAGCACGCACCGAAGAAACAGCACAACUCUUCGUUCGAUACAUCAUCUCACAGCAUGGCAUUCCAACCACACUCAUCUCCGACCGAGACCCUAAGUUCACCAGCAAGUUCUGGAAGGAACUUAUGUCUCUCCUGGGGACCAAACUCGCCAUGUCAUCUGCUUACCAUCCGCAGACAGACGGACAGACCGAGCGCCUCAACCAAAUUGUUGAGCAACUCCUCCGAGCAGCCUGCAAGGACGAGAUCUCCAAAUGGGACUUGCACCUGCCCGUACUAGAGUUUGCUUACAACAAUGCUACACAUGCCGCUACUGGACAGACGCCGUUCUUCCUCUGCUACGGACGCCACUCACUCACACCACAAAAACCGACAGCAUCAGCUACAGUCCAACCAGCACAUGAUUUCAUCACAACCAUGCAUUAGCUUUGGGAUCGGACCCACAA